CCGGUGCUCUCUGUCCGUUUUGAAAAUCUUUGAGGAUAAUUCGGACUAUGCCGUUGACGCACUCCACAGUCCCACAUCCACUCGGACAGACGCGGUUUCCAGAGGGACAACUGUACUUGGAACCACAUUAGUUUCUACCCAGAUUUGAAAUGUAUCUUAAGAUGCCAAAUUUGUUUUUAUUUUUAUAUUUACUUCAAGGACUGAAUAAUUUAAUUGCCGCGCAACAAGCUGCGCCCUGGAGGAACCGGAUCCAGUGGGUGAAUAACGGCCAAGUGUUCAGCUUAAUGAGCACCGGGUCUGAGUAUCACGCACCUGUACCGUCCAGGAGACAGUCCAGGGUUAAUCUGAGCAGCAACAGAGAUGCGGUCCGUGACAGGACGAUGCACAGCGGGACAACCGCACAUCUGGGUCCGGACAGCAUGCAGUAUAUAGUGGCCAACAGCCGCGCACCUGGUGCCAGGCAAGUGCAUGUGCGCCGGAGAACCAGGGGUCCUCCAGGAACCAGAGUUAACGAUUCCGUUCUGUCUGAAUACUCAGGCGGAGGUGUCCUUGGAAGAAACCAGCCAGCUGAUGCUAAUAUUCAACAGCUUGUUGCGCCCACGGUGAAUUCCAACAUAUAUCCAAACCCUGAUUAUGAAAACUAUAAUGAAGCGAGUCUCUACAGAGCGCCCGAGCAAGGAACAACAUUGGAUAAUAUAGCAGGAGAUGAUUCACGAAGCAGGAAUACGGUUUUCUACAACAUCUAUUCACCCGGUAGAAGGAACAACACCCCCCGCCGCCCUCCACCAGGAACCGGGCACGGCACCAGAUAUUUCCACAACGGUCUUCCAGACCUUGUUCCAGACCCGUAUUCUAUUCAGGCGGGGUCGUAUAUUCAGCGUGUCCAGAUGUACGCGCUCCGCUGCGCCGCUGAGGAGAACUGCUUGUCAAGGUCAGCAUACAGGCCGACAGUGAGAGAUAUUGACUACAGAGUUCUACUGCGGUUCCCACAGAAAGUCAGAAACAUGGGAACAACUGAUUUUCUGCCGGUCAAACCCAGACAUGAGUGGGAGUGGCACAGCUGUCAUCAGCACUAUCACAGCAUGGACGCGUUCAGUCACUAUGAUCUCUUGGACAUCAACACUGGACUAAAGGUUGCUGAAGGACACAAGGCGAGCUUCUGUCUGGAAGACACUGGCUGUGAUCCCGGCUUUCGUCGCAGAUAUGCCUGCACUGUACACACCCAGGGUUUGAGUCCAGGUUGCCAUGAUACAUAUGCAGCCAACAUUGACUGCCAGUGGAUUGACAUAACAGAUGUUCCUCCAGGAAGCUACAUUCUUAAGGUCACAGUCAAUCCAAACUUCCUGGUGCCUGAGUCUGACUUCUCCAACAACAUUGUGCGUUGUGAAGUCAUUUACGCCGGCCAUUUCGUCCAAACACGAAACUGCAGAAUAACUGGGAAUUAAAGACAUCGGAUCAUGUAAAUGUAUUUGUGCUCCAUUUUCUGUUGGCUUGAAGGCUUUUUAAGUAACUUGAAAAACAUACAUUUUUGGAAUUGAGUUUUUAGUCUCAUCAACAUUGUGUUUGCACAGUGUGCUUUAUAAUAGAAUGUAAAUUUCUUCGUGCAACAUUUAUUUUAAAGUAAGAAUCAAAAGUUAUACUUUAGGUUUCUGCAGAAUGUUUGUAUCCUAUUGCUCUUUAGUGUUUGUGUUUAUUGCAUAGAUUAUGAAAAGUAUGCAUUUCCUUUAAAAUGAUCCCUUUUAUCUGGGUGUUCUACUUGAUUGUGUGUUCAUAGUGGUUGAGCGUUUUUCUCCAGUACAGAACACUAGUGUAAAAUGUACAUUUGAAAUGCUCAAAAGAGUUGAUAUUCCAGUUUUAGCUUAAACGCUAAAGCUGUUGUGAAUAUGCAAUAUGUAGAGUUUGACUGUGUUCACUGUCUGUGUUUCGUUUGCCAUGAUUAUUACAAUCGCUUCAUGAAUCCUGGACUUGGAUGGACGAAGCCUUCUGGCUUGAUAUGCAAUAAACAUAAAAAUGGU